AUGCCCCCGUCUCUGCCCCCCAGCCCCCGGCUCCCGCCCCCUUCGCCGCCCCCCGCCCCGCCCUGCGCCGCCUGCCUGGGGCCCAUGGUGGCGCUGGCGGGGGUGGCCGGCCUCUUCGUGGUGCUCGCGGCCCUGCUGGGCGAGCGGCUCUUCCGGGGGGCCCGGGCCCGGGCGGUGCCCAGCGUGUGGCGCCGGGGGGGGGCGCUGUGGAUCGAGCCGGCGGCCCCGCCCCCGCAGGACAGAGCCCCCCAGGCGGAGCCGGGCGACCUGUGGAUCCCGCGCCCCCCGCCCAGCGCCGAGGACUGGUACCGGGCGCCCGCCGGCAGCGCCGGGAGCGGCACCUCCAGCGGCGUCCACUCGGGGGCGCCGGAGAGCGCCGGCAGCACCGCGGCCUUGUGGGACGCCGAGGCACCGGCCUGGGGGGCCCAGCCCCACGUCACCCUGCAGGAGAUCUCCGAGUUCUUCCGGCGCGGGGGGGGGAGGGGGCCGUGAGCACCGGGACCCCCCCCCAAGAAGCAGGAUUCACCCCAUGGAUGGUGGGGCAGAACUGAGAUUUUGGGGGGACACUUUGAAAAUUGAGGGGGCACAAGCCUGUUGAGGCCCCCCCCACUGUCCCCAACCAUGGGGCACAGAGGGGCCUGCACCCCCAGCCUGCCGUGGGGCACAGAGGGGCCUGCACCCCCCGCCUCCCCGGCCUGCCGUGGGGCACAGAGGGGCCUGCACCCCCCCCGCCUCCCCAGCCUGCCGUGGGGCACAGAGGGGCCUGCACCCCCCCCCUGCCUCCCCAGCCUGCCGUGGGGCACAGAGGGGCCUGCAC